UACCUGUCAUCAGCAUUACGUGCCAUGUGGUUUCCUCUGUGAACAAACAAGCCAGACUUCUCCUGUUCUCGCGGCCAGGGCAAAAACUAUCCUCAACGAAGCUUUAAACUGAAUAGAAAUUGAGCAGUAUCGAAUGAGGACCAUUGUGUCACGGUUGAUCCAUUCAAAGCCAUCACUGCCUGGACUCUAUGCGUUGAGUGCUUCAAGGAAUGGGAGAUAUCUUUCAAACGAUUCUAGUAAGGCUGAUGAACCCUUUAAGGUUGAGGAAGCAGAGACAGUAGAUGUGCCCCCACCUCCAUCAGAGAAGUUACUUGUUUUGGGCGGCAAUGGGUUUGUUGGAUCGCAUAUUUGUAGAGAAGCUUUGGAUCGUGGUCUGGCUGUUGCUAGCCUUAGCAGGUCCGGCCGGUCAUCUUUACAUGAUUCCUGGGCUAACAAUGUAAUUUGGCAUCAAGGAACCCUUCUUUCACCUGAUUCAUUGAAGGAAGCUUUGAAUGGGGUUACUUCUGUUAUUUCCUGUGUGGGUGGUUUUGGAUCCAACUCGUACAUGUAUAAGAUCAAUGGGACUGCGAACAUUAAUGCAAUUAGAGCUGCUUUAGAAAAAGGUGUAAAAAGAUUUGUUUAUAUAUCUGCUGCUGAUUUUGGCAUAGCAAAUUACUUGCUGCAAGGAUAUUAUGAGGGAAAGAAAGCUGCUGAAACAGAGUUACUAACCAAAUUCCCCUAUGGAGGGGUGAUUUUGAGGCCUGGGUUUAUUUAUGGAACUCGAACUGUUAGGGGCAUGAAAGUUCCUCUAGGCAUUGUUGGUUCUCCGCUGGAAAUGGUUCUCCAACAAGCGAAACCAUUGAACCAGUUGCCGCUUGUUGGACCUCUGUUCACUCCUCCUGUCAAUGUCACUGCCGUAGCCAAGGUUGCCGUGAGAGCUGCAACUGAUCCUGUGUUUCCUCCUGGCAUUAUCGACGUCCAUGGAAUUCUACGUUAUAGUCAACAAAAGUCCAGAUAGAUUUGUUUUCAACCCUUUUACCUUCUUUUUCUACUUUAUUCAUAAAUAUAGAGCUUUCAAUACAAAGACCUUAAAUAGUUUCUUGUUAACUGGAAGUUCAAACAAUAUUUUGCUGUCAGAGUUUGAGUUUUCGGCAAACUGAGAGUAAAGAUUUGUUUCAGUUUCUGUUCAAGGCAAUAAAAUCAUUCAACUUCUGCAUCCA